UUAUUGGCUAACGGAAUCGAUGACUUCCGGAAACAAAAAUGCGCUCAUUUUUGCCUGCAGUGGCCGAACAGCUUUUCCGAGAUAUUCAAAAAACAUACCAGGAAACAUCUCAAAUUCCUGAUGACCUGCUUAUUGGGCUGAAGUUUGUGUUCGGGCCUUGUGCACUGCAGGCUCUGGACCUAGUUGACCAGCGUUCAGUCACCUGCCUGUCGUCUCCCAGUGGACGCAAAGCAUUUCAGGUGAUAGGAGGCUCUGGGCGUUUGUACACCUGCUUUGUGUCCUGUCACUACUGCCCGUGUCCAGCCUUCGCUUACACUGUGCUCCGCAGAAACGAGGGCCCGCUGUGCAAACACAUCCUGGCCGUCUACCUGUGUCAGGCCAUGGGCGUGACUCAGCAGGAGAGUGUGUCCGAUCAGCAGAUGUCCAUGCUGCUCAGUGGGACAGCCCCCCCGUGACACCCAGGUACAUUCAGUACAGCAGGUGGACCCAGCACGCCCUCGAGGAUGAGAGCCGAUGUUUGGAACUGGCCUCUUUAGGUCACUGCAGAGAGGAUGGGAGCACGGGAUCAUUAGCGUGGCUUCGGCUCUUUCAUAUGUCUCUCUGAAAGACACCAGAUGUUGCUUUAUUUAUUUUGUCUUUUGGAAGAGCUCUUAGUCUGUUUCCAGGGAGACGACAUCUGUCAUCUGUUCAUUGAGAAUGUUUCGGCUUUAUUUUUAGGUUCUUUUUGGCUGAAGCUGCAUCAAUUAGGGAAGUAGCGAAUGUCUGCAAGAAAUGUAAGAAACUUCAGUCUUUAACAAUGUGUCAUAUAUAAAUAUAAAUGGUCAAAUGAUUUAAAGUUGCAAUUUUAUGAAUAAACACUGGUCUGUAACAA